UUCCAAAAUCCUAUAUCGAAAAAUGGGGAACUAUUUCAAGUUUGGUUAAAUGAUUUUGAACUAAACAUUGAAGUUCAAUGUUUAGUUAAAUUCGGUCAAGAAUUUUACCAUCCAUUUGCAGAAUUUCUCGUCG